AUGGCGCGCCGACGGGAGGCGGCAGUGACCACUUGGAUCAUCCUUUCCAUUUUCGUGUUCUUGGAUAGCGGACUGUCGCUCGUCCGGGGACAAGUGGACCAAGCAAAUGCCAGAGCAGUCGAUGGGUUCAGUUCUGCAAUUGUUCAAGCAGGAACGACCGUGGCCCAGGCAAUUUGCACACCGCUGUCGAGAGCCGACACCAUAACGCUUUUCGAUGCCGCGACCGGCCAGACACUGCAAUCCACCUGCGAGGUGACGGACAAGAUAGACCAGUUCAUAAGGGGCGUGCCAGGGGACCUCAAGAGCGCAGCAGAGAUUGUGCAGACCCAGGUGAACAGCACAUUUGGGUUUGUGCAGUACAUGGAGAGCACCCUCAGAGGCAUUGUAGGCAACAUCACUGCCCAGGUGGACGCCAUCAAAUCGAUUAGCAAAGAGAAACCAAUCAACCUGAAGGGUGUCUUUGAGAGGCUGGUACAAACAAUUGAGGACAAGAAGACCAGUGAUCCUCUGUGCAUUGACGCUCAAGAGUACCAGGGCGCCAAAAUCCCCACGCAGUGUGUGGGGCCGGUGUUCGCGCUGCUCUUGGAUGGGGGCGCGUGUGUAGAGGACCCAGACACCCUGGAGAUAACCUGCACACAGCCCUCGGUCACCCUCACAAAGACCCCUGGCGCAUGCAACCUCAAAUACACCAGCCCCACCGUCAUCCAGGACAGCUACUGUGCAAUGAGCACAACCUACGGCAAUUCUACGUCGGGCACCUUCAAGCACCCUGCAGAGAUCUUCAACCUCGCAAAGCUCAUGACGAUUCCCAACCCGUUCAACCUGGACCUCAGCUUGUACACAGCCACCGCCUCCGCCUCCGCAUCCCCAAUAGCAAAACCACCGGAGGUGGCGCCUCUCGCAGAGGUGCCGAUUGUCCAGCCACCUGCGCCGCCGCCCCCGCCGCCGGCCCCGGUCCCGGCCCCGGUCCCGGUCCCGGCCCCGGCCCCGGCCCCAACCCCCGUCCCCGCACCAGCACCCGCGCCAGUUUUGGCGCCAGCCCCCGCGCCUGUCCAGGUACCGGCCCCCGCGCCAAUCCAGGCACCAGCACCGGGGCCCGGGGCGGCCAACUCACCCAAGCCUGUCAGCACCGAGGCGCCGAACACCGCGCCGUUCGCGCAGGCGGCCCCCAGCCUGGAAGAGUUGCAGCAGCAAGGCAUGCAUGAAGAUGCACAGAAGAAGGCAAAUGAUGCAGCAUACGCGCAGAAACUGGCUGCAGAGGAGGCUCAGAAGACAGCGACUGCGGCACCUCAGCAGGGCGCGCAAGCGCUUCAGGGCCUGAGCCCGGUGCCUGUGUCGCCGUCCCCCGUAGCGCAGGCACUUGUGCUGGCACAACGGCCCGCGCCAGCACCAGGCAGUGUCGAUGCUGCAGCCUUCAGCAACCUCAUCUCGCGGCUCGUCAGCAGCGGCGAGGCGCAGGAGAUCUAUGGCUGA